CAAAGAGCCUACGACACAUGCACUAAUAUAUAUAGCUGAGCUUCAAAAUAAUAAAUAAAAGUAUCCGUUUUAUUUUCAUACAAAUUGGACAGAAAAACAUAUAAAUAUAUAGUAUAUGUAAUAAUGUAAAUAAAAUAGAAAAAAAGAAAGAAUUCUGGCAUGCAAGUUUACGAGCAGAAAACGCACACAAAACACAGGGAGUGAAUUAUUCUGGCAUGUAACGUAAAGGCAGGCCCGUUGGCCCGGUCUGCGUCUGAUGAUGCAUCCGGGUGAAAGAAACAAGCACCAGCACCACGGCACCACCCAGCAGAAUCCUCGAUCCCACUACCGGGUAGUUCGUGAUAGCUCGCUUAACCUUUUCUUUGGCCAGCAGGUUAGUGCUCCCCUCUCCCCACCACCACUACCAUCUCCGAUCCCUGUCCUGUCCUCCUCCUCGAGCUAGACCUCGCUCCUGUCGUAGCUAAUCGCUGCACGCUUGCAUAAUCAUCCCUCCCCUGCCUCUCCUCUUCCUCCUCCCCUGCCCCUCCAUAUAUACAUCUGCCAUAGAUGUUGCUUGCUUCCAUGUCCUAACCUGGUCAAGCAACCACUUAUACCUCUCUCUGCAUCGUCCCUUUAUAUAUAUACUAGCUGUGAGGCUCCGCUCUGGUCGAUGAUAUAUGGCGUGGCCGAGGCGAGGAAGAAGCCCGCACAAGCUAGCAAACCUGGGAGGGGCCAUGGGCAUGGCGCGAGCCGCGUGACCCAACAUACCUAGCUUGGAGAUCGGAAGCGGCCGUGCACGUAAGGAUGUGCUGAGAGAUAGAGCAGAGAGCAGAGAGAGAAGCUGUUUGAUUGAGGAGAGGAGGGAACAGAGAGAAAUUAGAUCGAGGAGCUCGAGAAGGUUCUUGAUUGGCUUCUUGCCUGCUGAUCGAUCGCCGGAGGACGUCAUGUGGGGCCUGGCCAUGGUGCGGCACGGCCUGCGGUGGGGGCGCCGGCGGCGGACGGCGCGGGUGGUGGACGAGAGCGCGCUCGGCGCGGACGGCGACGACGCCGCCGCCGCCCCAGCAGCCGCGGGCGGCGCGGCGGUGGUGGCGCCGACGCUCGGAGGCGCGCUGGCCAGGGCGCUGCUGGCGCUGGCGUGCGCCGUCCGCUUCGACGGCGAGGACGGCGGCGCCACGGAGGAGGCGUGGGCGGCCAGCGGGUGGCGCCCGCGCGCCGACGAGGUCAGCCACCUCAUGGUGCGAGAGAGCAUGCGCUACGCCAUCUACGCCUAGCCGUCUACGUGGUAGCGUACGUAGGAUUUCUACGACCGUAUAUAUACAUACGUAUCUCCGUGCAUGUACCAUUGGGUAGGUGUUAAGCGUAUGUAUGUAAGGUUAAGUUGAGAGAUGGUGCGUAGUGUAUAGGGUCUGUGCCUCGUAUUCUACUAGCUAGUAGCAUAAAUUUCCAUGGUAAUUGGGUUGUGAUGAGCCUAUAUAUGCAGAAUUUGUUCCCAGGGAUAAGAAAUCACAAAAAAAAAAAAGGUUGUCAAAUUGCCAGUAGUCCUCCUUUUCUCUUGUAAUUCUUGGUCCUCUUUUUGUUGGUGUUGGCCUCUGGAACUUGGAUUUCAGUCUGUGUAGGUAAACUAGUUGAAGUUUCACUGUUUCA